UCCAGUUGUCGACGUUCUAGUCAUUGAGGCGGUCCCGAGCUGGUCUCUGAAAAAGUGUCUCUUUGUUAGUUUUGUAGAGUUCCUUCUAUAUUUAUUGAGGAUAAUAACUUCUGUCUGAAAGUAUGGCUUCCACUGAUGUUGCUCGGCAGCCGGAUAAAGGAGCCCGGCCCCUGUCACUCGCUGGCCAUGUGGGGUUUGACAGCCUUCCUGAUCAGCUUGUCAACAAAUCCAUCUGCCAGGGCUUCUGCUUUAAUAUUCUCUGCAUCGGUGAGACCGGCAUCGGCAAGUCGACACUAAUGGACACUCUAUUUAAUACCAACUUCGAGAACUUCGAGUCGUCCCACUUUGAACCUCAGGUGAAGCUCCGGGCUCAAACCUACGACCUUCAGGAGAGCAACGUCAGACUGCGGCUCACUGUGGUGAACACCGUGGGGUUCGGCGACCAAAUGAACAAACAGGAGAGCUAUCAGCCCGUGGUGGACUACAUCGACAGGCAGUUUGAGAGUUACCUGCAGGAGGAGCUGAAAAUCAAGCGCUCGCUUCACAACUACCAUGACUCUCGAGUCCACGCCUGCCUUUACUUCAUCUCCCCCUCGGGUCAUUCUCUCAAAUCCCUCGACCUGGUCACCAUGAAGAAACUCGACAGCAAGGUGAACAUCAUCCCAGUGAUCGCCAAAGCCGACACCAUCAGCAAGAGCGAGCUGCACAAGUUCAAGAUCAAGAUCAUGAGCGAGCUGGUCAGCAACGGAGUCCAGAUCUACCAGUUCCCCCUGGACGACGAGACCGUGGCCAAGGUCAACACGACUAUGAAUGGGCAUUUGCCAUUCGCUGUGGUGGGCAGCACAGAAGAAGUCAGCGUUGGGAAUAAAAUGGUGAAAGCUCGCCAGUAUCCAUGGGGUGUGGUGCAAGUGGAGAACGAGAAUCACUGCGACUUCGUGAAGCUGAGGGAGAUGCUGAUCUGCGUCAACAUGGAGGACCUGAGAGAGCAGACACACACCCGCCACUACGAGCUGUACCGGCGCUGCAAACUGGAGGAAAUGGGCUUCAAAGACACAGACCCCGAGUGCAAACCUGUCAGUUUGCAGCAGACCUACGAGGCCAAGCGGCAGGAGUUCCUGGUGGAGCUGCAGAGGAGGGAGGAUGAGAUGAGGCAGAUGUUUGUGCAGAGAGUGAAGGAAAAGGAAGCCGAGCUGAAGGAGGCUGAGCGGGAGCUGCAGGGCCGCUUCGAGCAGCUGAAGCGGCUCCACGCCGACGAGAAGGCCGCUCUGGAGGAGAAGAAGCGGCUCUUCGAAGAAGACCAGAGCUCCUUCGGCAAAAGACGAGCCGCCGCUCAGCUCCUGCAGGCCCAGAGCCUCACCGCCAACGGAAAGAAGGACAAAGACCGCAAGAAUUCCGGCUUCAUGUGAAGACCUUCAGACCUGAAGUACACUCCACUGUGAUCAGCAUCUGCCCGCGUCCUUCAGCCCCGGUGUGGCCAGUCUAACACUAACCAGGGAAACCCACAAGAACCAACAGUGUGUGUGUGUGUGUAUGUUUGUCUGUCUGUCUGUGUGUGUGUGACUUUGUUUUUGUGCCAAAGUUUUAAAACUACCCAAGGUUCCUUUAUACUUUCCUCUUUGGUAUUUUAUAAUCGUCCUUGCAGGUUUUAAUACCUCUUUUGAAAUGAUUUUGUAUUUAUCUUUUCUAUUUUUUUUUAAUAUAAAACACCCUUUCUCCAAAUUCCUCCUGUUUAACUUUUGCUCGACUGAGAAACAUCUCAGCGGACAGAUCCUGUUUUUCUACAUGUGAAGGAUUUCUUCACUGAUCUUGUAUGUUUGGUGUUCAGUAAGCACACCUGAAAGGUUAUUAAUGCACCGAACAAACUCACGACUUCACACGAGAGACUCUGAAGUUUCUGAAUAAUAAACGGCCGCAGAGCAGCGUCUUCCAGAAAAGGUCAUCACUCUGAGCCGUAACAGCUCCAUUCCUGUGUCAAACCUAUAAUGCAAGAUUUCCCUUUUGCUUCGCGCUCAUACGAUACAGGAAGCAGUAUUUCCAUAUGAUUCCCUUCGACGCAGAGCGUGACGUGAGUGAGAAAUGUGUUAAAUGUCUGGGAACCUUUAAUCUGACUCCUCCUCACGUUACAACUGGGUGAAGCAGCUAAACGCCAAACGCACAGGUUCGGUUUCAGGUUAAUGCAAUAAAAAUAAGCCGGAGUUCAGCUGUCGGAGAGAGGAGGCUGCUCUCCUGCCAGAGGACUCCUACAAUGUACCUUUCUUCAUUUUGUCCUCGUACAAUAAAAAUAAUCAAAUCCAGGAAAAAUAAUGUUGAGGGUUUGAAUUGUGUUCGGUUGAGUCAAAACUGUUUUCAUGGAUCCAGUUGUGUGGAAAUGAUGAGGAAGAAUAAUAUUUUAUAAUUGAUCGGUUAUUUGCUUCUACUCUAUUCGCCAAGGGAACAUUGAUUAUGCUGUUCUUUUCCUGAAGGGCGAUCCGGUACGGUCAUAAGGGCAUUCUCGUGUCUGGCUUCCUCUUGUUCCACGUUUUUUGAUGAGAUAAACCUUCGGUCGGGACUCGCUCAGCGUUUUAAACCCUGCCGGAUGAUUCUCCAGCAGGUCUAAAGGGAAAACAAAUGUUUUUAAACUUUCCAUCUCUGCAGUGCUUUUUACAGUCACGCUGUUUUUUGUUUGCUUGGAGAUCAGGUACAUGUUAUAGCAUUUAUUUAUAUAUAUAAAAAUACACUUUGGUUUACUCAUUCCCUUAUUUUUCUUCCUACACAAACAAGUUGUUUGAUCCUGUCCUUGUAGGAAAAAAAAAGAAAUGCAGACUCAUGAGGGGAAAGAGUAUCUUACUGAGUCAGCAUUUUGUAGAGAACAAAGGAAGGAGAGGAAGCUUUGCUUUUAUGACUAUUUUAUUCACUUCUACUCUGCAAAGCGCCACAACUUGUGAAACCAUCUUCACUCUAGAUUAAACCAGAUUUUUGUCAUGAAGCGUGAUUCAUAAACCAGCUCUGUCUUUACGUUACUGUCUUCAUUACCUUUAGCGCUCGAGGUGGUGUUCUCACUCGUUUUGUGGCUCCUCCUGUCUGGACCAAAAUGGAAAAUUGAGGGUUUGCUUUGUCGUCUCAUUGUCACGCCAGGCUUUGAUUUGAUCAGACGGACCGCUGGACGAGUGCGAACACACACCAGAGACCUGUUAGUGCCUUAUCUUAGAAAUCCACCUCCUUGUACAUCCAGGGAAACUACACCGAUGCCUGUCUGAGACAUGUUUGUACACUUGUAUUUAAGGAUUAAACAGUAUUAUUUGGGAGCUUUUUCUUUCUUUCCUCCUUCUUUCUAAAUAAAUCUCUGUAUUUUUUAAUGAUA